ACGUCAAAACAUAAACUCAUUUUAAACAAGUCCUUAACAUUUUUUUGACAACACAUUUUAUGAUAGCCUUUUUUUACAUAAAAAAAACACACACAUCAAGUAAUAACUUCUAAUAUUUUUCUUUUAAUUAUGAGGCCAUUGUUUCUAACAAUCCUAUAAGUUCCAUACUUCAUGUUCUAAACAUAAAUGAAGAUAGCUGACGUAAUGAUUUGGGGGUCAUUUCUUUUCUCGCGUUGACAUUCUUGAAUGUAAAUUGAUACAUUACGUGAUUCUUUUGGAAAUUAUUAUGUAUUACAUUUGUAUUACACCUGUCAUUAAAAGGCGGCGACAUUAUGUCAAGCCUAUGUCUAUAAUAUAAACAGCGCGUCACUGCUACUAAAUGUAGUAGCAUUACAUCAAUUAACUUACCGUUGCUGACAAAAAAUGCCAGACGUAUAUAAAGUAGUCGUGUCGAAAAAGCCGCAACUUGUAGGCGAAGCAUCCAGAAACGAGAAGUUGUAGCAGAAAUUUUAACCACAGAUGAUGCCCCUCCCGUCGUAGGCGUGAGUUGUAGUCUGAGAAACGCUAGUGUUACGGAAGUUCUCCCUUUGACGCAAGGCGCCCGUGUCCGCCCGUCUGUACCGGCAACCUAAUUUAAUGUGACCUAUACUGGGACUGUUUAUAUUAGAUCGACAUAUCACAAGAUUCUAGGUUUAUUUCGAGCUACCCUUUAAACCGCAUAGUCAGUUUUAUAUGAACGUGAGGUGCGUCGGCGGCGUCAUGUGCAUUUUUGUGGCUAUUGUCCAAUUUUAGAAAUAUUGCAAAGGGGUGUCGCAACGUAAGUGUCUGCCUACGCACGCAAUAAUGUUAAUUGAUUUGGAAAUUUUCAACUAUCAUAUUUGCUUGACACGUCGGAAUGUCCAACUACCAGUUACUAUAAACACGAAAACGCAAAUGGAUACCAGUGUAUAACAUAAACGAAUCAAUUAUCUGACUUUGGAGCAAAAAGCAGGGUAAAUGGAAAGUAGUGUAUGAANAAGCAUUUAGGGCCUUUCAUCAGUGAGAAAAGUACAUAUAUGUCUUACAUCUCAUGGCCCAAGGCAGACAACUUCGAAAAAAAGUCUCUUUUCAAAUUUCCCCGUGCGCGAAUACUACAUAAGACGUGAUGCGUUGCCCAAACUCACACUUUCGAGCCUCAGAGCGCACGAUCACUAGAAUAUAAAAGCCUUAAGCAGUUAUCUGUAUUUGUUACAUUGAGUUGCAAAUAUUCGAAGAGAUUUACCAUUUAAACAACCAAGAUGAAAAUGUUGGCAUAUCUUGCUUCAGCCUUCCUUCUGAUUUCAAUCAUUGAAGGUUCUCCAGUAAGAUUCAGCGACCGACGUUGUUUCGCCCGUCUGCGGCAAGUCCAGCUUGAGAUCCGGGCAAACGGGGAUAUUGUGUCCGAUCCCCAUUAUGUACCAGAGUGCGACUCCAGGGGUAUCCGAUGGAGGCCUGCCCAAUGCGACCACCACGAUAUCGGUUAUUGCUUUUGCGUGAACACGACCACGGGAGAGCCAAUGAACAGAACAAGAUCCCACUAUCACACUAAAGAGCUUCUACAAUGUGAUACUGAUGUACCAGAAAACAAACGGUGCCAGAACAGACAACAAGAGUACAGAAACUUCUUGAAAAACUGGGAGUUGCGACAGGCGAACCCAUUCUACUACUUCCCAGAAUGCAAUCAAGACGGUACUUUCAAGGCUUUGCAAAGAGACAGCAUCAACUUCUUCUGUGUCCAAACGACCACUGGUGAAAAGAUACCAGGAACGGACGUUGGACCUGGAAGCAACAGACCUCUGAUUGAACCGGUCUGUCAAGCCUAUUCCCAACAAUGGGCAGAGUAUAGAGAAUGGUUGAGGGUUGGAGAUGUAACUGAAGAACACGAACACGAAGCUACUAACGGCUCAUGCACGAAUGGAAAACAAUUCGUGCAAUGCGGCUGCUCGAGAAAAUGCGUGCCUGGCUCCGAUAUGUCGAUGGAAGGCUCUGCUGAAGUUUGCGAGGGUUGCAAGCCGGUGUGUGUAUGCCCUGCUGGUCUUUAUGAUUUGAAUGGAACAUGCGUCGAUAAUGCAGCUUGUCUUGCCGCACCGCCAAUCGACGAGGAUCAUCGUGUGCUCGACGUACAUGGUGCAGUCUGGUUUGAAUAUCAACAAGACAAUCCAAGCCCAGUCAUCCAUAACUACUUGAGACUUGAAGAAGGCGAAUUCGGCGAGGGUGGUCGUCCAGCAGAAUACAGUCCGGGGCAAAACUCUCCGCCUGCACCCAUUGAAGAGAUUGAACCAACAGAAGUGAUCCAGGAAACGACUGGCGAAGGUGUCCAGGAAUCUGAAGUCACAUCUACGAAUAAUACACCUGUACCUAUUGAUAAUGAGUUUGAACAAUGGAAUGAAACAGAAGAAGUAUCUAAUCCUGAAUCAAACGAGUCCUCGGGUCCUCCGUUAGAUGAGGAGUUUGAACAAACAGAGGAAGUGGAGAAUGAAACUUUAACAUUACUUCUUCCAACUUUUGAAGAGCUGAUGAGAAGUACUCAAGAUCCUUACAGUGAACCCACCACCACAACUGUCGAGACCCCGAGCUAUAUGUAUGAGAACGGUAACGAGUACACUGAGUCGCCAUACUUAACAGAUGCGGAACUCCGGAAGAUUUUAGGAGAAACUUCAGAUCUCGAAGGGCAGGAGGAAACCACCGAAACUCCGAACAGACUUGAGGCUCAGAUGAACGGAAUUGAAAAUCGGCAACUCAUCCGGGAUGAAGUUCCUGCUGUUCAACCCACUCCUCCAAUUGAAGAAACCGUCUUUCUCUCCGGGUCAAUCCAGGAGAUUGAAAAUAACUCUUCCCAGCUUACUCUUCCACUUCCAACAGAAGCAAGUCCUCCGGAAGAGGAAGAAGAGGUUGAAGAACCUCCGGAAGAAGUUACAGAAAACAUGCGGGCGCAGUUUAUCUUACCUACAGCCCCAGUAUCAGUAAGAAAGUCAAAUGCGUAACCAACCAUCAACCAAUUCGUCUUUUGAUAAGUUUUCUCCCUGAGUCUUGUUCCUAAAUGUACUGUGUACAAGAAAUGAGUUAAACCGAGUUGGUACAACGUCGUCAACCACCCAAAGAGAAGUUGCGGUUAAAUCAUUUCUUUUUCCACUGUGAUGUCCCUUCUUUUUGUCCAAUUUUUGUCAAUGCUGUCCCAGUCUUACCCUUUCAAGUUGCCACCCUUGGGCUUUAGUUAUCUUUGUACUUCGCCUACUCACAAAGUCGCUGCGGUGGAAGGAACGACGAAAACAAGUGAAUUUGUUUUGGUUUAUAUCUUGUGGUCACGCUGCUCUCACGAGAGGUGCAUGCCACACGAAGAGACGACGAGCCCAUGGUGUCAAGCUUAACGAAAACGCUAAUGGCAUUCGGUGGCAUCAUAUUCUAUUAUUUCUCUGUUUUGACGAAUUCAACCAACAAAUUUUCCGGCUGUCGAGAACAAAUAAACAUUCUUUUUACAGUCAAACGACCGCCGGACCGACUCCGACUUUCUGCAUUUUUAAAGAGCUGUACUCCUGUUUUGUAGAUUGUGUACAGAACGUACUUCAAAACUGUCCUUUCGUGUAAAUUUGCUGCAUUUAAUAACGUAUAUUGUAUGUAAAUUCCCUGAUCAAAUAACGCGACAGGUUUCAUUCGUUGAACAUUAUUUCUUUCUUUUUAUUUAAGUAUUGCGUACUUUCUGCACAUCUUGCUAUUUAUAAUACUUGUUGUUUUUCGUCCAAAUAAAACAAUUAAAUUAA